UCUCAAAUAGUCUGUUCCUGCUAUGAAAACGAACAAAGUAUAAACAAACAAUAAUUAACACUAAGUCUGUGAUAAUUAACUUUGUUACCGUUUGAAGUAAUAUUUUUUACCAACAAUGAGUCGAAAAGAAGCUCUCUCAUCUUUUAUACAACAAAUCCAUGGUCGGCCAGUUGUGGUUAAAUUAAACAGCGGCGUCGAUUACAGAGGAGUACUGGCAUGUCUGGAUGGUUACAUGAAUAUAGCUUUAGAACAAACUGAAGAGUAUGUUAAUGGUCAAUUAAAGAAUAAGUAUGGCGAUGCCUUCAUCCGUGGUAAUAACGUUCUGUACAUCAGCACCCAGAAGCGGAGGAUAUGAGACAGUGGCUCAAUAAAGUUUAAGUAAGCUUAAGUAAAGUAAGUUUAACUCCGCAUAGUGUUUUAUUUUAUCAACUGAUUUGUUAAGGUUCUACUUUAAUCCUCAUAGUUAAAUACAUUUACAUCUAUUAAUAAAAAGA